AUGUUGCGAAACCCCGCGGGGUCCUGGACAUGCAGCGACGGUGACGACUGCAGGCCCGGUCUGCCAGCGUACAUCACACUGCUCCGCGUAAAAGGACAUCACGAGCUCAACUUCCUCACCGCGCUGCACUGGACCUCGUUCUCGCGCGCCAGCGAACCCAUCAAUGAAGCGGUGCUAUGCUCACCCCACGGCAUGCAGACGCACACGCCCGCCCUGCAAACGCUGCUGCAGCGCCUGCGCUCUCCGCACCGCACUCUAGCGCUGCUACACGGGCUGAAGGAGUCCUGGACGUGGGGAUGGCAGACGACGUUCGGUGCGAGAAGUGGGCUGGAGCUGUUCAGGGCGGGCCAAGCGCGCUACUGGAUCGGUACGCAUGACGACCGGCUGCGGUAUGAGGGCUUGGUCUGGUAG